CCUGGACCUGCAUUGUCUGAUUAUUAUAUAAAACAUUAUUAUUGAGUUCUUGAAGUUUUUAGUUGCGUACAGUUCACUUUAAAGCAUUGGAAUCGACUCUCCAGUCUGAACGAAUGGACACAGAGAGUCGGUUCUUUCCUGGGAGUCGACUCACUCAUUGGUGGUGAGAGAGAAGUGCGCGGUAGCGAGGGGAAAUGAAGCCGCUUAAACACGGGGUUUGAUUCUCCGUCCUCUGAACGCAUGCGUGCUUGUUUUUAAAGCCACAUUGGAUGGAAAUCCGCGCUGAAAUCAUGAAUCAGAAGUGUUUAUGUGUCGGGAGCCGGAGCUCCGAGGAGAGGAAGGUCUCACCAGGAGGAGUGUGGUGAUGUAGAUAUUCAGCGCAGCGCUUCGGGGUGCUUUUAGUUUUUAUUUAUUUAUUAUUAUUAUUUUUUAUAGAUAUCAGGUCUUUGGCCUGCGUGGUUGAUCGCUUCGUGCUUCCUUCUUCCUCCUCCUCUUCCUCAUCAUCCUCGUGAUGGCUGAUGAGCAGCAGCACCUCCAGCCCGGAUCUCUGCCUGCUUCAGCACUGCCAGCCUCAGAGAGCAGCGCGCUGCAGCUGAAGAUCAAGAGCUCCAUCUGCAAAUCUGUGCAGUCGAAGGUCGACACCAUUUUGCAAGAUGUGGAGAGGUUCACAGACAUCGAGAAACUUUACCUCUACCUCAGGCUGCCCUCGGGGCCCAGCAGCAGCAGCAGCAGCAGCGAAAAAAUCAGCGAGCAGAGCUGUGUGUCUUCGAGCCGGAUGCAGCAGAUGCACGCAUUCAGUUGGAUUCGGAAUCACCUGGAAGAGCACACGGACACCUCGCUCCCCAAACAGGAAGUCUUCGAUGAGUACAAGAGCUACUGUGACAAUCUGGGCUAUCACGCUCUCAGUGCUGCCGACUUUGGAAAAAUCAUGAAGAACGUUUUUCCCAACAUGAAGGCGCGCCGGCUCGGCAUGAGGGGCAAAUCCAAAUACUGCUAUAGUGGCCUGAGGAAGAAGCCUUUCAUUCACAUGCCUUCUCUUCCAAAUCUGGAUGUACACAAAACAGGAGAUGUGUGUGAGGGGUUUGAACCUACUGGGCAGAACUCCAGUGGGGAGGAUGAGAUCCGCUCUGCUGCCUGUGAUCUAGUGUGCGAGUGGGCUCAGAAAGUGCUAAGUCGUCAGUUUGUUAGUGUAGAGGACCUGGCACGCUUCCUGCUGAACAGCCACUACAUCAGCACCAAGUCUGUUGCUGCUCUCACUGUGAUGACAGGAUCCCCUUCAGGGGCCUCAGUGUCUGUUCAGUCAUCUGCAUUCAUGCCCACAACUGAUGCCCACUCAUUCCAGCCUCAGGUCAAAACACUGGCAUCCCCUUCCAUCGAUGCCAAGCAGCAGCUCCAGAGAAAGAUCCAGAAGAAACAGCAGGAACAGAAACUUCAUUCCCCACUUUCUCCUGAAGCUCAGGGCCGGAGGGCAGAGGGGGUCGCUACUCCUUGUGCAAGCACAGGAAUCCCAUGUGGAAGCCCUGCCCUACUUUCACCGCAGCCCACCAUUGGUAUUGUGGUAGCCGCAGUUCCAAGUCCAGUUACGGUUCAAAGAAGCAGACAGUUGAUGUCUCCUAGCCCAGCUCCUGUUGCACCAGCAGAAAGCAAGGUGCUCCCUGUCAAUAUUCAGGUUGUCACUCAGCCGGUGCAGCCUGUGACCCGGUGUCCAAAGACACCUCAUAAUGUCCCUGCGAGUCCUGUUGGUGACCGUCCCGCUCGCCAUCGUUAUGCUCAAAUCCUGCCUAAACCAGCAACAAGUAGCACAAUCACGCUACGAUCACCUCCUGCUCUCCUUAUCACUAAAAGUUCUAUUAAAACUGUCCUACCGACACCCAAAGACAGCUCACUCAACAUCGUGAAAAUGACUGCCAUAUCGUUCGCGCCCAGCAAUAGCACCACCAGCACUGCUGCCACCACAGCUAGGCCUGCCUCUGCUGGAAUCACCAGCCAUAGUGAUGAUCUCCAGCCUGUUACACGUGUCCGUAGUGGCUCUAUUGCUGCAAUGCCAUCAACACUUUCAAAGCCAGGACAAGCAGCCACAAUACCAGCCAUCAACAUUAAAUUGGCUGAUGUUGAUUCUGUAAUGCGAGCAAGAGAAACUCAGUGUGGAACAACUGAUGGGGGUACGCAAGAAGAAGGAGCACUCAAACCCAGAGCUGCAAGUGUACCUAUACCUCUAGCGAAAAUUUCAGCAGAACUGGAACAUCAAUCAGGAAACAAAUUAAAUGGUCAGUCCCUCCCAAAUGAAAGCAGAUUGUCUGCUAGCAGCAAUAAUAAUCAAAAUGAAAGCAUUUUUAAGCCAAGUCAGCACAUAGCCAAUAAAAGUACUAACGGUGCUCCAACAACAAGUAAUAGCGCAUUUAUGACACCACCCAAGGGCGCAGAGUUGGUGUCUCCAAGCCCUCGCAAAAGACAAGGCUUACACCCAGAUUCAAAUCUGACACCUGUCAAAAAAAUUUACAUUUCUGAGGGAAGUGACGAUGCAAAAUUGAAACUUGCAGUGAAAAAUGUUUCUAGGACAGAAACACUUGUUGAACCAGAAAAUGAACUUUCUUCAGUUGCUGAAAAUGUGAAGUUUACUUCCAAUGCUCCUAAUAAUAUCCUUGCAUUUUCUGAUAAUGUAAUUGGAAAUACUGGUUUCCAAAGUGUUUCCAGUUCCCAAAGUAUCAUGCAGGGACAAUGGGUAGGCUCUUCAUCUCAUGAAAAAAAUAUGACUAGUGGUAAAACAGCUGUGAAUGCCUCUUGCCAUGAUAAUCAGGUCAGGAAUACAAACUUUCAGUCAUUUAACAGACCACGAAGUGUUUCCCAAGGACAGUGGGAAGGACCUUCAUCCAAUAUGAAUAGCAAGCCAACAGUUACUCGCACUGUUAGUGCCCCAGGUCAGGCACUGAUACAGCAGCAUGCAAACAAAAAUCACCAAGCCAUGCAGGUAUGUUCGGAGCAGGCCAGCAUCUCUGCAGCAUGUGAACUAAAUGCUGUGCUUUGGAAUAACGGACACCAAGAUGGCAAUCAGCAACAAAUUUAUUUUCAUCAGGGAGCAGUAAAAACUAAGCAAAUGUCCAGUUCUGUUAUGGAGCCUCCUGUGAUGACUCAACCAACUGCCACAGGCCACCUUGUGCAGAUGACUACUGAUAUGGGGGAACAUGUUUCAUCUCAGCCUCACUUGGGAUACUUCCCAUUUAAUGAUGAUGACAUGACUCAGGACAGUAUUGUAGAGGAACUAGUUCAGAUGGAGGAGCAGAUGAAGUUGAACAGUUCCAUGCAAACAUUUGAAAACUGUGGGGACAUGGCACUGCAAAGUCAGCAGGCUGCCUUGCAGAACAGUAUGAUAUCCAGUCAUCAGGUCAGCACUUCUUGCUACAACUUGGCCAAUACUUGCAGUACACCUGUUCACACCUCUACCCACAGCGCAGAGAUUAUGGGAGUAGGGCAGGGAAUAACCCGUGAGAGCCCCUGCUCCCAUUUUGCCCCCACCACCCCUGUAGACAGCGCUUUGGGAAGCAGCUGCCAAACCCCAAUUGGAACACCUCACUCCAACUGCAGCAGUGGUGUUCCACCCAGUCCUGUUGAGUGUAGGAACCCGUUUGCCUUCACUCCCAUCAACUCUAGCAUCACAAAUUACCAUGAUGGCAGCACUAUCUCGUCUAGUCCGGUCAAGCCCAUGCAAAGACCAAUGGCCACCCACCCAGAUAAAGCCAAGCUAGACUGGAUGAAUAAUAACUACAAUAACAGCAGUAGUAAUUCUAACAAUGGAAUUAGUAUUCUACCCAACUAUCAGAACCUGGUGGAUAACCAAUUCAGAAAGCCUCACGCUUUUGCCAUUCCUGGCCAGACAUAUCCAUCACCAGUCAGGCAUCACGACGUACACAUAAGCCGCUUGACGCCUAUUUCACCAGUCCAGCAGCAGGUUGGUAGCAUGGCAAGCCUUAAUAAACAGGAGGGAUUCGCUGUUCCAGCACCACUUGAUAACAAAACCAGCACUUCCUCUUCUGGAUCGUUUCGCUGUCGCAGUGUCAGUCCGGCAGUCAGGCAGCGCAACCUGAGUGGAACCCCAAACCCCAAUGUCCGCCGUUAUGUGGUCUCUCCUUUUAACUCACCAGUGACACCAGAAGUACUGAAUAUCUUUGCUAAUAAUCAAGCAAAUGCUAGCGUUAGCAGCAUAGCGCAGAGGAGCCAGUCUGUGCCUCUUAACGUGAUGAUGCAAACAGAGGUUUUGCCCAUGCAAGCCGGUGGGCAGACAAGCAACACGAAAAACAUUACCAAUGUCCUGCUCAACAAGAUGGAUGGUGAUGGAGACACUAUAGUACGUGGACUUGGCAUGAACAAUAUGUCAUCCAAUUACACUGCUCGCAUGAACCUCUCACAAAUCUUGGAAGCGAACGCUGCUUCUGGUUUCCCUUCCGGUGGCAAUCACCAGGCUAUGAUUUCGCCUGGCUCAUCAGCUUACAAAUUUACAAAGCCUGCUUACCUCAUGAAGAACAAUGGAGGAGAGCAAAUAAGCUUCUUAGCAAGAGAGGCUCAAGGGAAGUCAGUAUCAGAAGAGAACAAGCUACUGUCUGAAGAGCUGCAAAAUCAGGCCUUGAUGGUUCCACCACAGCAAGACCUCCAGCAACACCAGCAGUCUUUCCUUUUCGUUACAACUGAUAAGGCCUUGUUAAAUGAUGAUGACAGCUUGAACACUGUCUCAAAGCUUUCAGGCCAGGCAACUGAACUUGGCACUGUUGGUUCAGAGUUCCCAGGUGAUAUGCAACUGACCUCUGAACUCUCCAGUAGCAUGAAUGAUUUAAACACUUUAGACGCAAACCUUCUCUUUGAUCCAGCAUCAAGUCAGCAGCAAAUGCAGUAUGAAGAGCCAACACUGGAUGAACUAAAGAAUGACCCAAUUUUCCAACAGAUUUGCAAUGAGACUGUAAAUUCUGCUGGUUUUGACUGGUUGGAGAGCAAGGACCAGGCAACAGUGGAAAUGUUGGGUUAAUUUGUGGCUUGCUUUGUUCUGACAUUUAAUGCUUUUAUCUUGUGUUUGUUUUACAGGACAUUCUCAAAAUGUUUACACAAAGUAGUGUUACAGCGAAUAGCUGGGCUUAGUUUUUGGUUUGAACAGAAAUUAUCCGUUUGCUAAUCAAAAUGCUGGUUGCUAAUGCUUUUUUUUUACUGGUUGGUGCACCUCUGUACAAACUAUGGUGCUGACAUGUUAAAUUUCUCUCCACAAAUGUUCAGGUACUGGAAAGAGGAAUAAAAAAAUUAACCAGGGUUCCACUAUCUCUAAGAAAAUGGCUUUUACUGCUUCCAAGAAAUUCUGUAAAAUAAAAAUUUUUACAGUUUACCAAAAAAGCAAAAAAAAAGAAAACAAGGGUUAUUUCUGCAUACCUUGCAGGCAAGGUUUAUUUGUAUAAAAAACUUAAUUUUUACACUUGCUUCUUCACGCUAACAACGUCUAUUACGACUUUGAACUGUCUGAUAUACUGUGAUUCAUUCAGAUAAUUUUUUUCAGCUUUUGUUAAAUAGGUGCUUCCGUGUGCAGAAAUUGAUAACACAAUAGUAAAUAAGAAAGUGAAUAAAUAAAUGAACAAAUAAAUGUAUUACCUUUAAGGGUGUGAUUAUAACAUAUGAGAAUAUACCUGCUCUCUUUUAUAAUGUAAUUUUCUUGUAAAGCUUUCAAAUAUAUUAACUGUGACAUUGACAGUUGGCACUUAAACAAUAUGCAGUUAAACUUUUUAAUGACUUUUAAAGUCCAAAGAUAAACAUUAUUGGCUUUUUAACAACAAUAAUUGGCUUGCAAGUCAGUGCAAAAUAAUUAUUUAUUUAAAUUAAUGUAUUUUUUUAUCCCUUUUUUUUAAUCUCAGGGUGCCCCAAGUUCUAGCUGAGGGAUUAAAUUCAAUUAAUGAUGCAUAUGCCCAGUAGGGAUUUAACAACAAUCAUUAAAAGGCUUGAAUAUUUGCACUAAUAGUAACAAUAAAGUCCACUGUUUAAAAGGAAAAUCAAAAUUCAUGAAGCUUCAAUCCAGCCAUCACUAGUAAAUAAUGAACGCGACUGUUGUCCAUUUAAGUGUGUGCACUUACUGUAAUAUAUUUUAUAAAAACUGUUAGCUACAGAAAUUUCUGGUAGUUAUUAAGUCUUGAGCAGAAAAUCCAAAUUAGAUUCUGAAGAAGAUUCAAAUUAAUGUCGAUGAAUUUUAUUCAGUUUUGUCUAGUGAUUUUAUAAUCUAUGCAUUUUUAAAUCAGUUGAUCUGCCACUUUUUGGUUUAAUUGUUUAAAUUUUCUUACAUACCUUCUUACAUACAUUUUCAAAUUUUUUCAAAGGGAAAAAUCAUAUAAAAUACAUUUAUUUAUUUGUAAUUGUAAGAAGUGCACUGUAUGAAUAUAACUUUACUACUUGUGACUUUAUUUUAGUUACUAUCCUUGCACUGUUAUAUACCAUAUUAAUAACACAGGACAUGUACCACUUAUGUCACUGAUUAAGCUAAGAACACUGAAAUUUGAGCUUGAAUUUGAGCUUGUCAUAGGUAAAAUAAUAAGAUAAAAAUAUAUUGGGUCAAUUAAUAAUUAAACUUUUUUAUACACUUAAAAGAAAAAAGAUGUACCAUGUAACUGAAUUUCUCGUGCCUAAUACAAAAACAAUGCCAAUUUGUGAAAAGAACAUUUUAGCCUUACUUUCCCUCCAUACCAAAGACAAGCUCUUGAAUUUGAGGGAAUUCUUUUUUUAUUCAGAUUUUUAUAUCCUUUUUUAUCAUAAUUUGAAAAUGUAAUAAGUUUAUUUGUUUGUUUUGAGGGCAUUUUUGUAGGCACUUUUAUUUUGUAAUUUGUAAGACUUGCAAUUUGUCAUGUAGCACUAAAACCUGUACUAAACGAAUGUCUAAAAAUCACACUACUGGUAUAAUUUGCAAAAAGAAAAAAUCACUGCAGAAGACUGUUAAAGUAAUCCAUUGAAUUUAAACAUUUGUAUAUAUGAAACUUGUAUGUGACUAAUGACAGGCAAUGUUUAAUGUUAUAACUCUAGUUGUUGUUAUUGUGGUUAUUGUGGUUAAAUAGUAUUCAUCAGAAGCCAGCAAAUGUGCAACUUGCAGCCUGGAAUUAGUCCCCAUGUAUGAAAAGAUAAUGUAUAACUGCAUGUAUAUCUAUGUAUUUAGUGUUUUACUUUUUGUUUAUGUUCUAAUUCUCAUGCGAAGAAUGAUGAGAAAACAUCAUAUGUGAUUAAAGAUGUUGCAUCAGUCUACAUGUCUUUCUGUCAUGGACCUACACCUAAAUGUUAAAAUCCAACACUUUA